GGUGUUUCAAGAUGGCCGCGCCCGUGAAAAAUAUGAACCUUUUGCAUUUUCACAUAUUUAGGCUGAUAUCUUCGAAGCUGAAUCUAAGAUAUUGUUUAUUUUUAUAGCAAUGUUUCGUACUUUAUAUACUUAUUUGAAUAAUCAUGGAAAUUGACGCUGUCUUCAAGGAAAUUGGAGAAUUCGGACCGUUUCAAUUAAAAGUUUUCUUAUCAUUGGGACUUGUGCAAAUUCCUCUAGCAUUUCAGCAAAUGCAAAAUGUAUUUGUUGGAGCUGACCAAGAAUUUUAUUGUAAAACAUUUGAUGGGGAAUUGGUUAAAGGUUGUUUGGUAGAAAAUAAUGGAGAUUCAAUCAAGAAGUGCUCUUCGUACAUCUACAACAGUAGUUUCUCGUCAACAGUUUCACAAUGGGACCUAGUAUGCAAUCACGCCUACCUAAAGGAUGUUGUACAAUCCGUAUUCAUGUUUGGACUGCUAAUUGGCGCUCUCACAAUAGCUCCACUCUCCGACACAUAUGGCCGACUGAAAAUACUUCACCCUUCUAUGAUGAUCCAGUUCAUCGCAGGGCUUUGCAGUUCUUUUGCUCCCACAUAUGCCUACUUUGUGUUUCUACGAUUUUUGGUUGGGGUCUCAAAUGGAGCCUUAAUUGUGAUAUUUACCUUGCUGAUGGAACACAUAGGCGCCCCCUGGCGUGGAUUUUGCAGUACCUUAUAUAGUGUGUUCUUUGCUCUUGGGAUAGCAUUGUUUGCACUGAUGGCAAAUUAUGUUAGAGAUUGGAGAAUAUUAUCAGCCCUGUCAGCACUAACUUUAGUUCCAUUUGUGGUACAGUUGUACUGGCUACUGCCGGAAAGUCCAAGAUGGCUGCUGAACAUUGGAAGAGUUUCUGCAGCUGAACGGAUUCUCAAAGGCAUAGCACUAAAGAAUGGACGUCCAUCUACUAUUGAAAUUAAACUGAAGAAUCCUGAACGAUCCAAGGAACAGGAAACACCUGAGAAGAAAGAAUCAGUCUUGUUGCUUUUUACACAUAGGGCUGCACGAUGUAUGACCCUAAUACAGUUAUAUUCAUGGUUCGCUGUUAGUGCUGUGUAUUUUGGCCUAACUCUGAAUGCCGGAAGUUUAGGUGGAAACAUGUACAUAAAUAUAGCAUUAUCUGGACUGGUUGAAAUUCCAGCAUACCUGGUCACAAUUUAUACUCUGGACAGCUUUGGACGCAAGCUUAGUUUGUGCUGUGUGUCGCUGAUAGGUGGCGUGUCAUGUAUGGCUAUUCUAUUCACUCCCCCAGAGUUCACUUAUAGGAUAACAUUACUUGCCCUUGGAGGAAAGAUAACCAUAUCUUCAGCAUAUUCUGUUCUGUUUCUCUAUUCAUCUGAGUUAUGUCCAACAGUUGUAAGAAAUGCGGGCCUCGGUCUUUAUUCAGUAUUUUCAAGGAUAGGUGGCAUUGCUGUACCAUUGAUUAUAUCAUUGGGGACAAUUUAUCCGAAUUCACAGUUUGCAAUAUUUGGUGCCCUGUCUUUUACUGUUGGAAUACUGAACUUUAUGCUUCCCGAGACGCUCAAUCAACCAUUGCCAGAAACAUUUGACGACCUGUACAAGAAGACUUCUCAUAAACAAAGGAAGAAUGCAUGACAUAUAUAGGCAUUGUCUCAAAAUUCCAUAGAUUAAGAAUUAUUCCAUUUGAGAAUAAUUUUGAUCUCACCAAAAUAAUCUGUAAAAUUUUGAGACAGUGUCUAUAUAGGGAUAACACUGAUAGACAUCCCUUGAUUUUUCUCAGCUGGGUACAAUUUGAAAUUUGACUAAUUUUUGAGAGACUAUUCCAAUAAAUCAUUAGAAUGGCAUGUUAUAGUUCAUCAUUCAGUUUCUUAUAUAAUACAUUUGCCCAGUUUCUCUAAUGGUACAUCACCCAGUUUAUCUAAAUAAGUGAGAUUUCAGAGGCUAUGAAAAUGUUCAACAUAUUUAAAAAAUUUUGAACUUUCCACUUUAUUCUUUUUUUUCUUCUUUUUUUAUCACUUAUUCAGUAAUCUGUUUAAGAAUUAUGCAAAAGUACUUUUACAAUUCAUUGUCAAUACUCAAUGUUAAUAUAAAUAUUGAGAAAAUCACGAUUCUAUUUAUAUAAAUUUAUAGAUCAAUCUACACAGUCAUAUUUUAUGAUUUUAUUCAAAGAUGGCAGAAUAACA